AUGGAAGCUGAUGACGUCCAUCAUAUCAGCCUCUAUAACCAUCUAGAGGAACAAGAAUUGAUACCAUUUGAAGGCUGUAGUCGUGGAUCGAUAGGAACAAAAGACCAACUCCUCAUCGACAAGGCAGUUCUGCGAAGUGCAAAGAGAAGGCACAAGAACUUGGAAAUGGUGUGGGUAGACUACAAAAAGGCAUAUGACUUUGUACCUCAUAGCUGGAUAAUCGCUUCCCUUGAAAACAUCAAGGCUCAACCAUCGAUCGUAGGAUUCAUGAAGAGAGCAAUGUCGCAGUGGAGGACUGAGCUAAGGUUAGACGGAGAAUCUUGUGGUCAUUCUGAGAUAAAGCGUGGAAUAUUCCAGGGGAGACUCGAUGUCACUGUUACUAUUCAUCAUAUGUCUCAUACCAUUGACGUCCAUACUGAACAACACAAGGAAAGGCUACAAGUUGAACAAUGGUAA